AUGGAUUUGCAUUUAAGAAGCACAAGAUGAAAAUGCAAUAAGCUCAACCCAAUCGACUGUAUGUAUCGAAAACAAGAAAUCAACUUUUCCCUAUCUCCAGCUCUAAUAACCGAUGUUGAAAAUGAAUAUUUAACCUUCAAAAUCAAAAAAAUAAAAUCAAAACUUUUGCCUCGAAAGCCAAGUCCUCACAAAGAAGUUAUAGCGAAUUCGAAGCCUGUGCAAAAGACUACUUUUAAUAUAUCUGAUCUUCCUAAUCCAGAAUAUCAUUCUCCAUUUCGCUACAAAAAUUCUAAAAAAUCAGAAACUCCAACACCUUUUACAGAUAAAGAAAUUUAUAUAGAAGACCUUACUUCUCUUUUUAAAUUGAAACAAAAAUAAUAUUCCAGUGAAUAUAAUUUUUUAAUUAAAAAUAUAAAAUAAAUUUUUUAUGAAGAUUAAUUUGCAAAUUUCGAUACAAAAUGCAAGGUUUGCUUAUGAAAUAUUCUAGUACUUCCCCUGUAAAAUAAACAAAAUAUCGGUAAAUUUUCGAUUUUGAUGAAAACUAACCAUAUAAAUCAGUUUUAGAGUUGUUUUUCAUAGAAAUAUUAUUUUUAUUGUUCCAACGAAAAGGGGAAGGUAUAAAAAACCGUAACCCAAUUCAUUUACCUAACAUAGAGAUUUCUAAGAAGAUUCAUUAUAGAAACAUACGAGAUAGAUUUAUGAGAACUAAGUCUCUGCUUUCAAAACCUGAUUCAGAUCAUUGUGAAACCAUUUUAGAUUCUCUAAGAUCAGGCAUUCUUGAUAAAUCAUAUAAAGAAGAAAAAGAAGCAAUGAGUUGGCAGCUAAAACCUCUUCGGCUCUGAAAAGGCAGAGAAAAACAUUUUCACUCCCCUCAAAAAUCCAAACAGUUAAUAUGCUCAGUUGAGGAAUCAAAAGAAGCCUCUCUAGAAAAACAAAUUAAUUUAUCGAAAAAUAAAAUUUUAAGAGAGCUUGAUGCUUGCAGAGAUGACGUUGUAGAUUGGUUUGAUAAAAGAAUAAACCCUGAAUAA